CACAUUUGACUCGCUCCACUCUCUUCUACAGUCACACUAACCACUUGAUGCACAACCACAGACCACACACUGCCUCGACGACGACGACGACAUGAUCCUCCCCGUCGACACAAAGGACCCGCUACCCUCGGACGACGAGGACGAGUAUGUCGUCCCGCCGUCGCCCAUACCGGUGCCGCCGCGAGGCGCGCCGCAACCGUACACGCGGUACGACGCCGACGACCCGUACAACGCUGCCGAAGACGUGCCGUUCCUCUGGUCGCACGCGUCGCCAGACGACAUCGAGCUCGCGCCGCCACCAUAUACGCCGAUCGACCGACAUUGCAGCCGCUCCGACAAGGCGCAAUCCAUCACACACCGCAUCAAGACGGCGCUGUCGCGCGUCAAGUUUGUCCUCGCGGCACUGUACCUCGGCAUCGCGCUCUACCUCCUCUUCGGGCGCCAGCGGUGGCACCGCCGUUUCGGUCCUCCCCCGCCGACGGCGUUCGGCGGGUGGGGCCGUCCGCCACCAGGAGGGUGGAAGUCGGACGGCGCUGCGGUCGCCUGCGCCUCGUUUAACGCCGCGCAGUGGGGGCCAGUCGCAGCCGCGCGCAGCAGCAACGCGACGUUCUUGCUCCCUACGCACGCUGGUUCCGAGCUCUUCACGCACUUGAAUGGCCCGGCAGCGAUCGGCCCCGUGUUCGUGACAACGUUCGACGGCGACUCGGACGCCGAGCACGCUGCGGUCGCCGGCGCCGUGGGCAGCGGCAAGAGGCUCGCAAAGGGCGAGUACGUCCGCGUGACCGUCGAAGCGGUAUACGACGCGCCUGGCCUCGACAACGCGGUGCCCGCAACGGCUGCUACGAGCCCCGGGUGGGCGAUGCUCGAGGCCGCCGACAUCUGCCUCAUGCAGCGGAACGCCAACACGACGCGCACGUCAAGCCCACACGACUUGCACAACCACUGGUUUGCAAAGCCCGGCCUCGGCGUCGGGAUCUACACGGACAGUGUGAACGCCACAGGCAACAGCACCACGAGCCCGCUCACGUUCCGCAUCCACAUCGCGCUGCCCGUGGUGCGCGCAGUGGCGCCCAAGCCCGCGUCGCUCCUCGCUACCGUGCUCAACACGCUCAAGCUCGCCCGGCCUGUGCAGCCGCGCGGCGCCAUCCCCCCGCUGAGCAUCCGUUCCCGCGAAUCGGACGUGUUCGUCGCCGACCUGCGCGCCGCGAGCCUCGGCGGCCUGUUUGUCGAGAGCAAGCUCGGCAGCGUGGUGGUCGAGCACGUCCGCGCCGAGUCGGUCCGCCUGUCCACCCUUGGGACUAUUGCCGCCAACGUGACGGCCUCGCACAUGGUCGGCGUGUCGACGCCAAGCGGCAAGGUCGACCUCGACGUCAGCGUCGGCAGGUCGCCGGCGUACACCUUCUUCCCGCACCACCGCCACCACUGGGGGCACACGAAGAACCCAGCCCCGAGCGCUGGCUUGGUUGACGACGCGGACUGCGCCCUCCCCCCGCUCGCUGUCGACGUAUCGGUCAACAACGCCAACGCAACGGUCAGGCAUAGCGGCUGGGAGGUGCCAUGUCGUCAGCUGAGCGAGCGUAUCCGAUCCAUGGUGGGGUCUGUUGAGGCGUACCACCACCCGCUGUACCAAGGACCGUUCCGAUUUGCGUCUACGGUCGGGCAGAUCGACGUCGCUGUGGCGCAGGAUCUCGCCGAUCCGCUUGGACUGGGACGGGUACGCAACGUGACGGUGCACAAGCACGAGGGCAUUGCCUCUGGCCGUGCGCGGUGGUUGUCGAGCGACGAGGCGACCGCGGCGCCAGAAGCGCAGCCCAGCGAGCACGAGCGCGAGCGCGAGCACGGCGAUCACAACACGCCGCACGCGCCACCACAGCCGAACGGGUGGGGCCACCACAAGGCCGGGCUCACGAUCGAGGCGUCGGUGGGCAGUGUGCGCGUCGAGAUGUAGGCGGAAGGGAAGCCAAGUAUAUCUGUACAGGACACUGGUUGUAUAUCUAGAGCAAGCGCCGGGCACGGAGUCCGGGGCAUGUAUGUCAUUGGUUAGUUG